AUCUGUCGCUACAAUUAUUUUCCUGCGUUUGGGAUAAGAAGAGACACAGACCUAACCUACGACCUACGACACCUUCCAAAAUGAGCAAAUAUAGGCGAGAAGAAACGUCGAGUGAGGAUACGGACAGCGAGGAGGAACGUCGCAAGACGGAUAUUAAGGAGAGAGACAGCUUUGCGAGUCGUCUCAAAGCCAAAGAUGAAAGCAAGAGGCGCAACGUUGCCAUGCCCGCUGGUUCCGGGGCUGCCGAAGCAGCAAAGAGGCUUAAAAUUAUGGAGACUGAUACGAGAGAUAAGCUGAUACCAAAAUUGAGAACCGAGUCUCGUAGGAAAUACCUGGAGAAACGUAAAGAGGACAAAGUUGCAGAGUUGGAGGCCGAUAUCCUCGACGACGAAUAUCUAUUUGAUGAAAACAUUUUAACAGAGAAAGAAAAGCAAGAGAGAGCCCAUAAGAAGCAACUGUUGCACUUGGCGAAGGAGCAUGAGAAAGCAAGGGAACUCGAGCGUAUGCAGCGCUAUCACAUGCCUCUUGAGGAGGGUAAAAUGGAACCAGAACCUGACACGACAACGGACAAGGAACCACCGCAAUCAGAGCAAAGCAAAUGGGAAUCAGAUCAGAUGUCGUCAGCUGUUUUUCGUUUUGGUGCUAAAGACAGGAAAGCUCAACAGGAAUAUAAUCUUCUCAUGGAGGAUGAGAUGAUAGAAUUUGUUCAAGUGCUACAUAUGCCUGGACAUAAGGAUAAGAAACGUGAGGAAAGUCCUCCCGCGCAUGUUAAAAGUUUGCAAACGAUACAGGAGACGAAGAAGAGUCUACCUAUUUAUCCCUUUAGAAAGGAUUUGAUACGAGCUAUCAAAGAUCAUCAGGUUUUAAUAAUAGAAGGUGAGACAGGAUCAGGGAAGACAACGCAAAUUCCACAAUACCUGUACGAAUCUGGAUUUGCGGAUGACGGUAAGAUUAUCGGGUGCACGCAACCGCGGCGCGUGGCGGUCAUGUCAGUGGCAGCGAGGGUAGCCCACGAAAUGGCUGUUAAGCUGGGCAAUGAAGUCGGCUAUGCCAUUCGUUUUGAAGAUUGCACAUCGCAACGUACUCGUGUCAAAUACAUGACCGAUGGUACACUGCAUCGAGAGUUUCUCAGUGAACCUGAUCUAGCGUCAUACAGCGUAAUGAUAAUCGACGAAGCGCACGAACGUACUUUACACACCGAUAUUUUGUUUGGACUGGUGAAAGAUAUCGCGAGGUUUCGUCCCGACUUGAAACUGCUAAUAUCAUCGGCUACAUUGGAUGCCACAAAGUUCAGUGAAUUCUUCGACGAUGCUCCUAUAUUUAGGAUACCCGGACGCCGUUUUCCCGUUGAUAUCUAUUACACAAAAGCCCCAGAAUCAGAUUAUAUUGAGGCAUGUGUAGUCUCCAUUAUCCAAAUUCACAUAACGCAACCGCCGGGUGAUAUAUUGGUAUUCCUGACUGGGCAGGAAGAAAUUGAGACGUGUCAGGAAAUGUUGCAGGAAAGAGUGAGACGAUUAGGGAGCAAAUUGGCAGAACUUUUGAUUUUACCUGUUUAUGCGAAUUUACCGAGCGAUAUGCAGAUCAAAAUAUUUCAACCGACUCCACCUGGCGCGAGGAAGGUUGUACUGGCGACUAAUAUAGCGGAGACGUCAUUAACUAUAGACAAUAUAGUAUACGUGUUAGAUCCUGGUUACGCGAAGCAGAACAAUUUCAAUCCACGCACCGGCAUGGAGAGUUUAAUAGUUGUGCCGAUCAGCAAAGCAUCCGCGAAUCAGAGAGCGGGACGCGCGGGAAGAGUAGCACCUGGAAAGUGCUUUCGCUUGUACACAGCUUGGGCUUAUCAGCACGAGCUUGAAGAUAAUACAGUGCCUGAAAUUCAACGGAUUAACUUGGGUAACGCAGUACUUACCUUGAAAGCUCUCGGGAUCGAUGAUUUGAUGCACUUUGAUUUCUUGGAUCCUCCACCGCCCGAAACGUUGAUAUUGGCGAUGGAACAGCUGUACGCAUUAGGCGCGUUGAACCAUCGCGGAGAGUUAACAAAACUCGGACGUAGAAUGGCUGAGUUCCCGCUGGACCCGAUGAUGGCGAAGAUGCUAUUAGCUAGCGAGAAGUAUCGCUGCUCGGAAGAGGUGGCCACCAUUGCGGCCAUGCUUUCGGUGAAUGGCGCUAUCUUUUACAGGCCAAAGGACAAAAUUAUACACGCCGAUGCUGCGCGCAAGAAUUUCCACGUACCCGGCGGUGAUCAUCUGACUCUCCUUAAUGUGUACAAUCAAUGGGCACAGAGUGACUUCAGUACACAUUGGUGUUACGAAAAUUUUAUACAGCACAGAUCCAUGAAACGGGCGAGGGAUGUUAGAGAACAGCUAGUAGGCCUGAUGCAGCGUGUCGAGAUGGAAUUGGUCUCGGGAAUUACAGAAACAGUCAAUAUUAGAAAGGCUAUUACAGCUGGUUAUUUCUACCAUGUGGCACGCUUGUCGAAAGGAGGUUGUUACAAAACUGCAAAGCAUAAUCAACAAGUCGCAAUACAUCCAAAUAGUUCCUUGUUCCAGGAUCUUCCGCGUUGGCUUCUUUAUCAUGAACUUGUCCUUACUACCAAGGAAUUUAUGCGUCAAGUGACAGAAAUCGAAAGUAAAUGGUUGCUCGAAGUAGCGCCUCAUUAUUAUAAGCCUAAAGAAAUAGAAGAUUCAACGAACAAAAAGAUGCCGAAAAUAGCCGGCAGAUCACGACCAGACGGAACAAAUUAAACAUAAUUCUGUACUAUCUCUUAACUGUGAUAUUAAAUUACAUUUUUUUGUAUAUAUGCGUUUUUAUAUGAUAUAGCAAAUAAAAUGAUAUACAUAUAAAAAAAGAAUUACUG